AUGCAGCACUGGUGCGCGUGCGCCGUGUGGGUCAACGUGUCGCGCACGUCGCCCAUGUACGCGCGCGUCGCCGACGUGCUGGCAGACUAUAUCGACAGCCUCACUCAACAACAACGAUCGAAAUGCGCGAAACGACGUCUCAUAUCCAUAGAAUCGGUGUUACACAAAACCCUCAACGAUCGCCUUUUGAAGCAUGGUUACGAUAAGUACGAGGACUCUUUCCUCGGGAAUCCUAAACACGCAGCACCGAGAGCCGCCAGAGAAUACUAUCAAGCUCAGAUAAUAUUAAAUCCUGGACGAGGUGUGUAUGAAGGAACAAUAAUUUUCGAUACGAAAUUGAAUUCUUUUAAAAUGUCAGCAAAAGAAAUUUCUAGAAUCAGCACGUAA